ACAGACAGGCACACACACACACACACAUACAGUAUAUAUUGCUCAGUGUACAUGUCAUAGAGGACAGUUAUAGAGAGAAGAGACAGCCACAUAUCACAUGAGGAAUGUGCUGCUCUCCACACAGUGCUCUGCUUUUUUUUGAGCUUGUGAUGAUCACUCAUCACCGCAGCUCCACCACCACGGCACAGGAAGCGAGAAGGAUCCUGAAACAUCAAAAAAAAGAAUCCAAGCUAAGUCUGGGGGUAGGAGAGAGGACAGACAUUAACAGGUGCUGCUAGAGAGGCAGCAGAGAGAGCGCAGAGAGAGAGAGAGAGAGAGAGAGAGGGGAAGGAGAAGGGGGGGGAGCACAGAGGGGAGGUGUAGGAGGAGACUUGCUUCAGAGGGAAAAGGAGCCGGAGUGCAAUUCCAAAACAGCUGUCCGGCAGACGUCCCAUUCGACAGGAGUGCAGCCCCGAGGCAGAGACAGGAGGCAGGGCAGUGUCAACAUGCCACAGGAGCAGCUCAGCAGCCACUGAACGCGCACACACAGAUACACACACUCGCAGACCUGAGGCUGCAGUGAUCAGGAGAACACCAGCACAGUAUACCUGCACAGGAUCAGGGUCUUCUCAUUGGAAUAUCUGAGGACAGAAGCCAUUCGAGGUCUUGGAUUCUAAUUUCCUGAUCGAUGCUGAGAUUAUUUUUGGAGUCCUGACAGACCGGCUGAGAAUGUAACUGGAGCCCCUCCUUAGGGGAACUGUAACAUCCAGAGCUUUUACAGCAUUUCUGACUUUUUCGUCCCCCCACAUCUGAGCUCUUCCUCUCCAGCUGCAGCCAUGCCAGCAAAAGCGCCCAUUUACCUGAAACCUACCAAUAACAAGAAGGGGAAGAAAUGUCGCCUGAGAGAUAUUUUGUCCCCGGACAUGAUCAGUCCGCCGCUCGGGGACUUCCGCCACACCAUCCACAUUGGGAAGGGCGGGGAGAGAGAUGCCUUUGGAGAUAUGUCCUUUCUGCAGGGGAAGUAUGAACUCUUACCAGGAAAGGGAGACGUCCACCCUCAGUACGGCGUCCAAAGUGAGUUUAUGAGAGCUAACAGCACUGGAGAUGCUUCUUUUGCAGAGACCCCUUCUCCAGUUCUCAAAAACGCCAUCUCCCUUCCAACUAUUGGAGGCUGCCAGGCGCUUACUCUUCCCAUGAUCUCCUCCACUGUGUUCUCACUGCCCCCUGAGCAGUCCCUGGAGGACAUCAUCAGGCCUACAGCACCCAUGAAACCCGGCAGCACAGAGGAGGUAGAGAUCCUGCAGAUGGAAGCUCUUCUGCGCUCCAUGGACGUCUUCGGCAGCGAGCCUUCCUCUCCCGCCCCGGAGAUCCAGUCCAAGCCUGAUGUCCUCCUGGACCUGCUGGAGAACAGGGAGUCCACCUCUAAAGCAGUCGCCAAAGCAAACAAAAUAAACAAGAGCGAAAAGAGGUUUGACAAGCCCACAUCCUACUACAUCAACAAUCACAGCAACGGCUCCUUCAAAGCUAACGGCAGCCUGACCAGCGACACGAGCAGCGACAGCUUCGACAGCCUGAACGGCAAAGAUUUCCCCAACAAAGUCUACAGCGACAACGGAAACUGCAACGGUUACGGACACUUUAACGAUGACAUUACCGAGGGAUUCAAGCAGGGGCUCUCAAAGUACAACGGAGAGUGGGUGGACAGGGACAGUGGGGUGGAGGAGGGCCGCAUCUGUGAUUAUGAGUUUGAGUUUUCCAAAGAGAAGAGCACGUCACAGGAUUCCCUCGCCCAGGUCACAGGGUCGUUCCUUUCCCUUGAACUCGAUCUGGGCCCGUCCAUCCUGGAUGAGGUGCUCAACAUAAUGGAUAAACCCGCAGCAAAGAGCAGGCCUUGAGCUGCAGCGAGAGCCAGGGGAGGAGAAAGGGAAUUGUUAAACUAAAGCCAUGAGUGGAGAGAGACUCAAAAAGCAAUCAAAAUGGUGUCUGGAUAUAUCACUGAGAUGAAGAUGAGCUGCAAUAGACAGAGCUGCUUAUGUUUUUUACUGUCCAAACAUGUAACGAUACAAGCCUCUAUGGAGUGUUCAUUCUUCUCUUUUCGCCGCAUGUUUAAGAUGCAUGAACUCUUGAGUUACAGCUUAAACACAGCCAUCGUGCCUUUGACUGUAGAAAUGAUAGAUUGGUGUUCUAAUGUUGACUUCCACGCUAUAUUCACAAUAUGUUUGAGGUCCUUUGCUUCUUUCUUUUUUUUACACCGUCUUGAACAUUUUGUGACUAUAAGUGUGUUUAACAAAUCUUUAUUUUGUUUGUCACAUCAUUCAUUUGCCAACAAGAGAACACUAUGCAUAUUUGUGUUUUUAAGAAUUGCAACACAAAUAAAUUAAUUUUUGUCCUAUUCUGGCAAA